AACAUGGCAGCUAAGACAGCCCUAGUAAUGCGACCCACGGGCGUCCAGGGCAGGGGUGCGGCCAAACACCUCAUUAGGAAAGGAUGGCGCGUCCACGCCCUGGUUACAAAUGCCUCGUCCGACCGUGCAGUCGGCCUCGAAUCCCUUGGACACAACGUCACUCUCUUCCAAGGAACUUGGAAAGAUGCAGCAUCCAUCGAGGCCGCUGUAAAAGGGUGUCAAGCGCUUCUGCUAGUUCAACUACCAUCAUUCUCUGACGACUCUGAGGUACAGGAAGCGCGCGUUGUUCUGAAUAUCGCUAAAGCCGCGGGCGUUCAACACGUUGUUUUCCCUACAACAUUGCCCCUUAACAACCCCAAUAUUUGGGAACAAGAAAAGGACUCACCAGUUGCCCCGGCGGUCCUCAACAAGGGUGAUGUAGAGAAAAUUGUUAGAGCUAGUGGACUGACAUGGACGCUACUUCGCCCUGGCUACUUCCUCACAAACUUGCUUCCCCCGGUGGUAUACUGGAUGUAUCCAGAAUUCAAAGAUCGCAAGUUCGUCAACAGCUACGGGCCGGACUGCGUACUCACCUUAGUCGACCCUGACGACAUUGGCGCUUUCGUUGUGGCAGCAUUCGAAGACCCCAAGAAGUUCGGCGGCCAGACUAUCUCCGUUGUCGGCGAAAAUGUGCGAGUUGACAAAAUACUCGUGGAGCUUGAGAGAGUGUCUGGUCAAACAAUCAAAGCCGUAUAUCGGACUCCAGAGGAAACUGAGAAGGCCAGAAGCAGCCCCUUUGUUGCAGGUCAAAUUACGAGCAUUGGUCUGGCCAAGUGGGUGGAUUUGGAGGGGGUUAAAAGCUGGGGUGUGCCGUUGACAACCUUUGCUCAGUUCUUGGAGAAGCACAAGGAUGAGUUUGCAAUGUAAGUCUUAAGCCUCGCAAAUAAGACUACUCGUAACUUAAAGUGACAUUAGGUCGAGUAAUGUGAAUCCGAUUGACGGACCUUUUAAACAUUUGACCGACAUUGUGGCGACGGGCAAAGAAUAGAACGUAUUGCAGCAGAGAUGUGUACAGCAUUUCUAGUGGAAGCAUUCUCAGAUCUCACGUAUUAUGAUUUCCUAAACCUUCCGCUUCUCAAGUUUCAUCUCAUAAGCAGCUCAAUGCCAAGUAGUUGGAAGUAUAGACCCGUAGCCCGGAAUUAUAGCCGCCAAAGCUAGAUUCCCC